AGUAUUAUUAAACAUUUGGCCCCAUAUCAUAAUGCUGAUUUGGCUACAUUAAUGAACGGCCCCAUUAAGACCAAACUUAAAAUCCCAGAACAUGUGAAAUGGAGCCAAAUGUCAAUGGAUGUAUUCGCCAGUUUGUGGGCUGAUUUCAUGCGCGAUGUGGUCAGUGAUGUGGACUACCUGUUGGCCAACACAGACCUCAAAGUGGUUGUAUAUACGGGUCAAUUGGAUUUAGUGGUGAACACAUUGGGAACACUCAAUUGGGUUCAUUCACUCCAAUGGCCAGAACUGAAGAACUUCGAGAUCGCAAAGAGGGAACAAAUGAGCGGCGAUAAAGUGGAGGCAUAUCGGGAGGCGUCGGGUUAUGUGAGCGUACGUCCGGGCGCUCACAUGUUUUGGUGGCUUUUCUACACCAACUCUGGCAAUAACUCGAAUGCACUGCCGCUGGUUAUAUGGAUUCACGGAGGUCCGGGUGCGAGCGCUACCGGUGAUGGAAACUUCAAUGAAUUCGGACCAUUAGACUCGGGUCUGAAAGUGAGAAACACUUCAUGGAUUAAAUACGCGAAUCUGUUAUUCAUUGACAAUCCCGUGGGAACCGGAUUUAGUUAUGUUGACAAUAGCAGUCUCUACGCCAAAAAUAAUGAUGAGAUCGCCAAAGAUUUGUUGACUUUAAUAAAGGAAUUCUACAAAAAGUCGCCAGAAUUUGAGUCGACGCCAUUGUAUAUAUUCGGUGAGUCAUACGGCGGCAAAAUGACCGUCGGUUUUGCCAAAGAGUUGCAUCGGGCCAUUCAAGACAAGGAGAUCAAGGCCACUUUCAAGGGCAUAGCGUUGGGCGACUCCUGGAUCUCACCCAUAGACUCGGUGUCCACGUGGGGACAGUAUCUCUACACUUUGUCAUACAUCGAUAGACACCAAAAAAGUGAAAUCGAUGCCAAAGCCGAAGAGAUCAGAACCGCUCUAAAGAAUGGCGAGUAUGAAAAGGCGAGCAAUAAGUACGCAGAAAUGGCUGCUUUUUGUCUAACCACAGAUGGUAAUGUUAGCUGGCAUAAUAUACUCUAUGGAUCACCCUUUAAACCUUUGGAUGUAUUAAUGAACGGUCCCAUUAAGACUAAACUUAAAAUCCCAGAACAUAUCAAAUGGAGUCAAACGUCAAUCGAUGUAAUCAAUAACUUAUUGUCUGAUUUCAUGCGCGAUGUGGUCAGUGAUGUGGACUACCUGUUGGCCAACACAGACCUCAAAGUGGUUGUAUAUACGGGUCAAUUGGAUCUCAUAUGUAACACAUUGGGAACACUUAAGUGGAUUCAUUCACUCCAAUGGCCAGACCUGAAGAACUGGGAGAUAGCAAAGAGGGAACAGAUGGCCGGCGGUUACGUUAAGACACAUAAAAAAUUUUCUUUCUAUUGGAUUAUUAAAGCCGGACAUAUGGUUCCCGCAGAUGCCGGCGAUACAGCCCUCGCAAUGCUUCACAAAGUUAUUCAGUCUUAG